AUGAGUCGAUUAGUUGUUGAGAUAUCACAGUUAAAUGAAAACUUAGACGUAAUAAACAAAGAAACUAAUCCGGUUAAUAUUAGCAGAGUAACAAAGAUACGAUGCAUAGUUCAGUUGUUAGAAAUAGAACCAUGUCAAGAUGAGAUAGGAAACAAUAAUAUCUGUAAGUUAAUUGUAACCAAUUUGCCCGAUUUUCAAACCACUUCUGAGAGAACUAGGGCCCAUAUUUACGUAAAUGAAAGGUUGUUUGCAUCAACAUUCAUUAAGAAGGCCAGUAAUCGGAGUAAUGCAAGCAAAAGGAUACCUCAAAGUGGUGAUGCUUUGGAUUUAUUAGUCGGCAUAUGGAAUAACGGAAGAGGUACAAAUAUUUUUGAAGCUAUUACCAUUGAGUUAUUAAGAUUAGAAGAAGUUACAGCUUUAAGAAACUUCUUACCUGACCCAAUUGGUGCUGAUUUCCUCAAAUUAUCUAAUCCAUGA